UCUGCAGUUAAUUUAAUUAAAACCAAAUUUGCAGAGAUAUGAAGGCCUAUUCUUUUAUUAAAAUUGGCUAGGCUGGUAUUUUAUAAAUGGAACAAAAUCGUUCUAUAAGUUAACUAGGUAAUUAUGAUACCAGGAUUGUGUAUUCUGAAUUGAAUUGGUGGAUCCAAGCUUUGUCUCGUUGAGAAUAAAGGCUUCGCCACAAUGCGUCAGGGAACGUCAGGUAUUGGAAAACUGGUUCUACUAUUGUCAUUGUAAACUAUUAUACACAAGCUGUUUCAAGCUUGUUGCACUUCUGUACAUUUGUUUAUAGCUUACAUUCAGCGAUUACAAAGCUAAAUAAUGAGAAUUCGUUUACAAAUUCUGCUUGUGUACAUAUCGAUUGCUGUGGUAGCCUCAAGUUAUGAAGAUGCCCAUCAAAACAAAAGCAGCAGUACAAGUGCUAAUGCUUUCAACUUCGAUUCUGAAAACGGAAGCGGUAGCAGCGACGUAGCUUUCAACUUCGAUUCUGAAAACGGAAGCGGUAGCAGCGAUGACGAAAUUGUUCAAGUUAACUUGGAAACUCAAGAAAAAAAGAAAAUCAAAUGCCCGUUUCACGGUCCUUAUGUUUCUGUGCUGAACAAUCGUACAGAAGAGCUCAAUUGCUGCGAAUUCAUAGUAGAUGAUUUUCCUUAUGACUGGUACACAGGUGGAUAUUAUUUACACACUUUUUUUGAAAAACUGAAGUUAUGGAAGUGCCCCGAGUUUGGCAAAGUUUGUGACGACCGACUUUACGCUAGGUUUUCGGAGUUUUCCAAUCUAGUCUACAAGUACCACUGCGAUCAAGAUGAGUUUCGUGAAACAUGCAAAUCUGUUGUAGCAGACGCUCGUAAAGUUUCAUCCGAGCUUUCCUGGGAUGUCGUCACUGCAAAUAUGAUAUCAUCAGAAUUUAAAUUGGAAGAUUUGGUAAAGCCUUGUAUGCAAGUUGCAAUUUAUGGCUCCAGAUCUGGAGGAUAUGGAUACUACCAUGAGGUAGUUGACGCGUUUGCACCUUUCUGUGAUAUCUCAUGGUGCGGAUUCGAUGCAAAAACAAUUGAAGAAAGAGGAAUAACUAGUUGGGAUUGCAUUACUUCUGGAUGUCGGGUGAACUUAAUCGUCUCUGCUGUCGUCUGCGGUAUACUUGCCAUCAUGAUUGUAAUCGCGAAUAUCACCGUCAUCAUCGUAUUUACAACAAGUCCAAAGCUACGUAAUAGUCAAGCUGUGUAUAAAAUAUCUCUUGGUAUUGCUGAUAUGUUGGUUGGGUUGUUUGUUAUUCCAACCUUUAUUUCUUCGUUGAUAUUGUUGUAUAAAUCUCCAGCAAGUAUGGGAGAAAUAAUGCAUAAAUCACAACCAAAUAGUGAGGGAACCUUGCCCAGAAAAUCAGGAGGAAGAUUUAGCCAACGUUUUUCCAUGGAGUACGUUGACUUUGUAGGAUUUUUUACUAUACUCUCUCUAGUUGUAUCGAUUUAUACUCUCAUGAUGGCUAGCUUCGAUAGAUUUAUGGCAAUACAUCAACCUCUCAGGUAUGGACGACAUAACGCGAAGAGAAUAGCUAUAUGGACUUCAAUUGUACUCUGGGUAUGCGCGAUUCUUUUUUCUGCAAUGCCCUAUUUCGUUCCGGAAAUGAGCUACGGCCUUUCGGCGUCUAUUAUGGUGGCUUCUCAAGGAGAAUCGGCGUUGUACUUAUACGUCGUCGCCAUUGUUUUGCCACUGCUUUUCGUAUGGAUUACAACACUUGCCACAUACUGCUCAACGAAAAACCAUGCACGAAGAAGACAAACCUUGACUAUACGACGCAGCAACAGUGGAGGUACAAGCAACUUGCAUAAUAUGGAAGCCAGACUUGCACGAACGCUUGCCUCAAUGGUCGGUAUUUUUACGCUGUGCCUACUUCCUACAGCAAUUAUUUUGAUCGUACCCUUUUUUCUUAGUAACAUAUAUCCACACCUACCGGAUAUGUUUGAUCCUUCAGCGAAUAAAAUCGUUAUGUCAUUCGAAUUUGUGGCAAUUUUGAUUCUAAUGACAAACAGUUUAUGGAAUUGUUUCAUCUAUAACGCCAGAAAUACUGAUUUUAAGAACACCACCAAAGAAAUGUAUAGGUUGUUGCUAUUCAGACUUGGUUUUGGAGUUUUCUGGAAAAAAACAAGGACUUUUGCUACCUCAACUACCCGAAGCCGGCAGUCAACAUUUGCUAUGACGCGUAAUCAAAACGUCCGAAAACACAAAAAGUUGCAUAAGAAACCUUCCGAACUCACUCUCCGUACUCUUUCAUCCCAAGAACACCAUAGUGGCGGGCCUCCUAUAUCCCCAAUGACGCCCACGGGAAAUGGGUAUGAGUUUGGCUCGACUUCGGGAAACGAAUACAGAUAUACGAGAAAUAAAAAUGAAAAAGUGAACAAAACUUUUUCAUUAGAAAAGGAGACAAAAACUGAAGACGAUAAGGCCGAUAACGAUCAGAAAAUUGGCAAACUGAUAGAAAUUGAUAGUGAAAAUACAUCCACACAAAUUCGUGACGUCGUUUAAAUAUGCCCUUGAAAAUUAUUUAUCGGUCAUAUGAUGACGAGUUUAAAUAACUUGUCCAUAAUGUGAAUUUAUUUCAGAGCACGGGUAAAUUUCAUGAGGUGGUAAAGAAUGGAAAAUGCAGACAUUCAUACUUUUGGCUUAACGUUUUGUUGAGUAUAGUCAAUGCUUUAUAUAAAUACAUAUCCAUGGUGUAUACUCCUAGAUCACUUUGUACGUGCAUUUCAUCCAUUAGGAAUGUAAAAUAUAAUUAACAUAUCGUUCACGGCAAACGACGUACCUUAUUACCAAUCGAAACCAACAUGUAUUUAUAUAUUUAAAUAUGAUUUUUAUGUGACAUAUUGUAGAAGUUUAAAUUAAUAUCAAAUUAGCCAAUUAUAAACUGUUAUAUUGCUUAUAUUUGUUCUGCGAAGUUUUGCUUGCACUUGCAAAACUAGUCUGGUAGUUUUUUCUUUAUAUUCAUCUUACCAUACAUUUAAUUUUUCAAAUAUUCUAAUUUUUGAUAACAACAUUUUAUUCAAAUUAUAUUGUAUUAUAGUGAUAGAAAUUUACCAGUAUAGCGUGAUAUUAGGACAGGUAAUUUACUUAAAUAUUGCAUAUAACGCAGAUUUUUUAGAUAUUUGAUAUUGUUCGUUGAUAGUAUUACUCUAAUGAUUUGUAGCAUUCGUCUUUACUGCUACCGUUGAUUGAUUAUGUCCCAGGUGCACAUCUUGAGGAGUUGUGUAUAAAUAUCGUCAUUUCCUUGUAACUACUGAAAUAACUUGUCGUAAGACCUUUAAACACUAAGUUAAAUGCGUAUUCUAUUUUGUUUAUUUCAGCCAUUGUGUAUGCAUUCGUGACAUUAAAUCGUGUAUGGACUGAUUUUAUUCUCAUCAUGUAUGCUAAAUAAAGUAUUUAUAUAUUAUUCCUUCUAACGAUCAUAGUUUUGUUCUGAGUAAUAUUUAAAUAUGAUGACGACGGAAAUAUCAUUCGAUUUUGAAUGGCA